AACACCUGAUACACACACAAACAGACACAGGCGAGUUGUGAGGAGCUGUGGAUAGAAAGGUGUACGGGCGAGGCGAUGGAAGAGAAUGCAACAGUGAUGUGAACAUCAGUGGAAUAUUUUUUUCCAAACACACACAGCCUUCAGUGGAGACACACACCAGAACUAACAUCAGGACUAAGAGUAUGAUGCCAAGAUGAGCUGUGCUCAGGCUGAACCAGAGGAGACGCCUGCAAAUCCCAGUGAAAACACUAGUCCCAGUGCAAAUACCAAUCCAAAUGCUAUCACUAAGCCUAGCAUCUCUGGAAGCCCUAUCCCCAGCGCCAAUGCACCGUCAAAUUCAAGCAAUACUUUUAACCUCAAUGUCACAAACACCAGCGAUGAGAUUGAAUGCAAGAUCUGUUACCAACGCUACAACAUUCAUAGCCGUAAGCCCAAGAUACUGGACUGUUUGCACCGUGUUUGUGCCCGAUGCCUUAACAAGAUCCUGGACAUUGGGGACAGCUCGGGCUGCAUCUGCUGUCCCUUCUGCCGGCAUGAGACAAGAGUUAGUGACUACGAAGUGGCAGCACUACCAGAUGACUCGAACAUCAUGUCAUUCCUGGCAAUCCGGGGCAAAUGGUGGAGCUCAGACCACAGCAAAGAGGUGGUGCUGACACCCAAGAGCCUAUCAUCCAGUGACAGUCCAUACCACGAUUCUUCUAACUGCCUGGUCAUCACCAUUAUGGAGGUCCAGAGAGAUGCACAGCAUUCACCCAGUCGCAAUGGUAGCUCUGAUGACUAUGGGGAACACAGCCUGGACUCAGUAUCAGUAGCAUCAAAUGGUGGCACCAUAGACCAGGACGCAUUUACCAAGUUUUGCAACCACAUACCCCGGAUUCUUGUGUGGCUACUGGGCUUCUUCUACUUUGGUUCCUUGCCACUUGGCAUAUACUUACUGGUGAUCCAAAGAGUUACUUUGGGUAUUGUAUGUGUUAGCCUUGUACCCACCAGCCUUACUGUGUGUCUAGUGUAUGGGUUCUGCCAGUGCCUCUGCCAAGGCAUAUGUGACUGCUCCAGCAGAAGCUGACUGGACACGACACCCACGAAUGAGAAGUGCGAACAAACUAAUAACACAAAGACAUCUUCUUAUAUGUGUUGAGGGCUAUUAUUAUUAUGAAAUAUUGCACGAGCAAGGGUGCUGUUGUACUGAAUAUCAAGUAAUAUAAUUGAUUAUUGUGAUAAUAUUACAGCUAUAAUGAUAUUCAGUGUAACAGCUGGAUUCUGAGCGUGAAAUUAAUAUAGAGUAACUCACAUUUCACACGCACACUAUGGCCAAAUAUUUUCUUCCUUUUUGCUCCAUCAAUUAAAAUAGUUCCUUAAGACACCACCGCUGAACAAAGUGCUGUAAGCACACACUGGCUGACAACCCAUAGAACGUGUAGUAAUACUUUCAAUUAACAAACUAUUGCUAAAAUUUAAAUUUUAUGUAAUGAACACAAACAUGUGGAGUCCACUGUACAGGACACAUGCUUUUAUAUAAAAAGUCAGCACUCUUGGAAGGGCACUUCUCCUAUCAAAUUACUGUUGUAUAAUAAGCUAAAAAUGUAAAGCUGUCUCUUUACUUAACAAACAAAACAAGUGUCACACCUAUCAGUUGGUGAGGUGUGGUUUAUACUUCUGCUAGUGUAUAUGCUUCAUGACACAGUUUAUGGCUAAGAGGUGCAAAGCUGUCUUCCCAAAAGCUAACACUGAGUCAUGACUAUCUAGGGUGCUGUGAGUCAACCAGCCUUAAGGUAAAUGCUGAUUGGUUGAGACAGGAAGGUAUAUCUGGCUGUGUAUUUGAAAACAUUGUGACCUUGUAACCCCAAUUGUGCCAAGUCUAUCAAGAGUUUCACACUAAUACUGCCCUAAAUCCACAUCACAUCCAAUACGUUCUGUCUUUUAUAAGCUGAGGGCAUGCUUCCCCAACCCCUUUAUAAGUGUAGUCCAUUAGACAUGACAUACAUAACAGUAUCUAACAGUCACAGAUACUGUAAUAAACGAUAUCUAGAAAUAUCAGUUCUGCUGUAGUCAUGCUUUCUCAUAUUUUGGGCAUCAUAUAUAAAACAUCUCCUGUAUGAUAGGUCUCUCAUUUCCAUGCAGCUAUAAAGUAUCUACCUUUUUUCUGUCUUUGCUUUAUACAUACUUAUAUAUGUGCAUUAUACUGUAUCACAGAUUUAUUUAGAGGAAACAGUCAUGAUAUUGUGAAAUUUGAGAAUAUAAUGUAAGAGAAUUCUAAAGUAUUCAUCAUUCUGUGAUUGCUACAAUUGUGGAUUUAAACAUAAGUCAAAUUGAGUUGCUUCAAUAUAUGAAUAACGUAAUCUUUUGUAGAUUUACUUGCUUAAUAAUUGAUGAUGACCCAAAACUUUUCAAAACACCAGCUGUCUUAUAUUUAUGGAUAGAUCUAUGAAUGCAGGCACCUAUAUGAGCAUAUGCACAAAUACUUUAUGUAUUCGCAGAAGUAUGAACCAUGCUUAACAUUAACUAUGUGCAUUCCUCUAAAUACUAUAUUCGAGCCAUAAAACAUGGUAAAUAAUCCCUAAUGUGUCCUCUAGAACACCCUGGCAACUGGAAAGCCAAAUGAUAAAACAAUUUCAAGUAUAAUGGCUGAAGUAUUCAGUUUGAGCUUUGUGUUUGUAGCCAUAACAAGCUUUUUAUUUGUGAGUAUUGUAGCAAAUGUCUGUAGCAAUCAGUGAAAUGUUAUGACUUGUUGAAGAGUGAGGUCAAGGUGACAAAACAACUCACAGGCUUUAAGAGCACAUAGUAAACUGCAGCCAUCCAUGGGAAAGAGGUUAAAAUAAAGUGGAUUUACUGUAAAUGGUUGUAUGUUGUUUAUCAAGAGCCAUAAUCCAUUAAUGAGGCAACAUUUUAUACUGUUGAUAGACACACUGGCAGUUUUCACACUGCCAGAUAUAUUGUACCCUUGCCAGGUCCUUCACACUUUUAUUAUAUUACACGGGUGUCUGUAAAUAGGGCCACGGAUUCGAUGAAGUACAUGAAAGGAACACUUAAAGGGAAAAUGUGGUGUGGUGGCUUUUGAGAGGAACACAAUACUUAGUUGGUCUUUUCUUCUUUGUCA